UUUUGAAGUAAAUGAAUGUGUGCAAUUCCCUUCCCAUUUCACAGUCAAGUCUCAAUUAUACACAUUUCCCAUCCCUUUCAAUUUCUCACCUAUAUAUUUUACUACAUCUCUCCAUCAACAAAUUCAAGAUUUCUUCAAUGCCUAGCCCUCUCACCCACUUCUGCUCCCUUCACAACCCUAAACUCAACCCAUGGAGUAAUUUCAUUUCUUCAAUUUUUUUUAAAAUUUUGAAUUUGUUAGUACGUGCAUAAUAAUGUACUUAUGAUGUGAAGGUGAUGAGUAUGGGGGAAAGAGAGGGAAGGGGAGAUGGAAUCCGACGCCGGAGCAAGUGCAGGCUCUUGAAGAGAUGUAUCGGCACGGAACACGGACGCCGUCUGCUGAACAAAUCCCGCAGAUUGCAGCCAAGCUGAGAAGAUUUGGAAACAUACAAGGCAAGAAUGUGUUUUAUUGGUUUCAAAACCACAAAGCUAGAGACAGACAGAAGAAACGUCGUCAGCUUGGACUCUUACCUCCCACAAAACAAUCAGAAAUAAGCAGGAAAUACUUGGAAAUAGAGCAUCCAAUGUCAAAUUCCAUCACAGCUUCAAAGUACUAUGGAGGAGGAGAGGUGGAAGAAUGUAAGAGUGAGAGGUGGGCACAAUUGGAAUUGCAGCAACAGAGUGUAACAGCAAAUAGUUCAGAAACCAGCCGCAGAGUAGCAUUGGACUUGUCUUCUUUAUGCAUCCCUCCCAAUAAUAAAAUUAUUCACCUGAGCCAAGAAAAUGGCUACCCCUUGAUUGCACCCAACCUCUGCAAACUGUUUACCCCCAAGAAGAAUGAUGGUUUCGAACAUGGGAUCGAAGAAAAUCCAACCCUCGAGCUCUUUCCAGCGAGUGGUAACAGUUCGAAUUCAACUAAGGAAGAGUCAGAUGAUGUUUAUGUUUCAGCUAAAUUAGUUCCUACACAGUUUUUCGAGUUUCUUCCCACAAAAAACACUCAUGUUUAGGCAGUGAAGAAACAUGUGUUAUGUGUACCUUUAGUUUCUGCAGUAAUUUUCAAGUGGAAAUUACAUCUAA